CUGAGAUCACGCACUCCUAUCAGCUUAUUGCAGCCGUCGGAAGAAAAUAGCAAAUUGACGCAAAACAGCCAUGGGGAAAGUUCACGGAUCUUUGGCACGUGCCGGUAAGGUGAGAGGACAGACACCAAAGGUAGCAAAGCAAGACAAGAAGAAGAAACCUAGAGGCCGUGCUCACAAGCGUCUCCAGCACAAUCGCCGUUUCGUUACCGCCGUUGUUGGUUUCGGUAAGAAGAGAGGACCCAACUCUUCUGAGAAAUAGAAGAAGAUGAGAGCUUCUCAUAUUGGCUAUUUUGUGCAUUUCUUUUUGUUUGUUUUUUAGUCAUGUUUUAUUUGCACUGAACCUAUAUAUGUUUUGAUUCUAUGCUAUGAAUUACGACUUUACUCCUGAAUCUGAUUCUCAGUUUCCGACAGUAAUAGUUUGAUGUCGUCUGCAAGUCUUACACCAACCAUUGGUUUUAUCGUUUAGUUUGAAUUCUAAAACCGAUAACGCGAUAAGGGUUUUAUUGGUAUUGGUUGUAUAAUUCCAUGUCGUUCACAGUUGGUGCUAGAUUAUGUUGCUGGCUUGGUAGUAACCUAGAAUCCAAAUAUGUAAAUGGUAGUAACC